AUGACCACCAUUGAGGAGAAGCACGCCGUCGUCGACGAGACGGCGGUGCCGAGCACGCCCAAGACGGACGGCUCCUCCUCCGCCGCCGCCGGCAACGACCAUGAGCUGCCGCCCAUCGACCCCAAGGCCGAGAGCAGGCUGGUGCGCAAGCUGGACUUGACCAUCUACCCCGUCUUCUUCGUCAUCUACCUCAUGUCCUUCCUGGACCGCAUCAACAUUUCGAAUGCCAAGAUCCAGCACAUGGGCGAGGACAUCAACCUCGAUGGCCACCGCUUCAACGUCGCCCUCUUCAUCUACUACGUCUCGUACAUCCUGCUCGAGAUCCCCUCCAACAUGAUCAUCAAGAAGAUGCGGCCCUCGCUGUACCUGUCGGGCCUCAUGUUCACCUGGGGCCUCAUCAACAUGUGCAUGGGUUUCGUGCAGUCGUACGAGGCUCUGGUUGCUCUGCGCUUCAUGCUCGGUAUCUUUGAGGCCGGCGUGCUGCCGGGCAUCAUCUACGUCACCUCCAUGUACUACAAGCGCCACGAGUACCAGAAGCGCAUGAGCUUCUUCUUCUGCUCCACCGUCGUCGCCGGCGCCUUUGGUGGUCUGCUCGCCUACGGCAUCGCCAACAUGGACGGCAUGGCCGGUCUGCGCUCCUGGCGCUGGAUCUUCAUCAUUGAGGGCGCCGCCACGGCCCUGCUGGCCAUCGCCGCCAGCUUCCUCGUCAUCGACUGGCCCGAGCAGACGCGCUUCCUCAACGCGGACGAGAAGGAGCUGCUCCGCCGCCGCAUGGCUCUCGACAUGGGCGAUGCCAGCCGCAUGGACACUCUCAACCGCUUCUCUUGGGGUCUCAUCUGGCGCGACUACAAGAUCUGGCUGGGGGCCUUCCUCUACAUGGGCGUCUCCGUCCCUGGUCUCUCGGGCACCUUCUUCCUGCCCACCAUCCUGCUCGAGUUUGGCUGGAAGGCCGAGGAGGCCCAGGUCCGCACCAUCCCCAUCUACGUCUUCGCUGGCUUCUGCAUGCUGUUCUCUGCCUGGUUGUCGGACCGCCUCAAGCACCGCUUCGGCUUCUUCGUCGCGGGCACCGCCAUGGUCACCCUUGGCUACAGCAUGCUGCUCGGCCAGGAGGGCAAGUCGCGUGACUACAAGUUUGGCGCCAUCUUCCCCAUCUUUGGCGGCGCCUACAUGGUGACCCCCAUGUGCCUCGGCUGGGUCCAGAACAACAUGUCGGGCCAUUGGAAGCGCUCCUUUGCGUCUUCUACGCAGGUCACCAUUGGCAACAUUGCCGGCAUCAUUGGCGGCAACAUCUUCCUCAAGAGUGAGGCCCCCAUCUGGACCACUGGCUACAGCGUCGCCCUCGCCUUCAUGUGGGUGGGCUUCGCGUGUGCCGCCUCCAUGGCGGGCCUCAUGUGGCGCGAGAACAAGAAGAGGGAGCGUGGCGAGCGCGAUGAGCGCCUCGUCCUGCCCCAGGAGGAUCUCAUCAACCAGGGCGACUCGCAUCCCAGUUUCCGCUUUACCCUGUGA